AUGCAUCGAGCGAAGACAGCGCGAAAGACGCCAGUUAAGCGGAAGAAGAGGCCCUAUCGUUUCAAGGCAGGAACCCGGGCCCUUCGAGAAAUCAGGACAUAUCAACGAGAGUCGUUCUUGCUCAUUCCAAGGCUUCCUUUUCAACGCCUAGUCAGGAAGAUAUGCGAGGUAUCGGGGCGGUAUAUGCGAUUCCAGGCCUCGGCGCUUGAGGCGUUGCAAGAAGCCUCCGAGGCAUUCCUCUGCGGGCUCUUCGAAGAUACAAAUCUCUGCGCCAUCCACGCUAAACGUGUCACUAUCCAGUCCAAGGACAUGCAGCUGGCUCUUCGAAUUCGAUAUGGCCAGGCUGACAAGGAGUUCUUGUCCUCCAGAUUUUUCAUCAAAUGA